AGGGUCAAGAUGAAACUUAAGUUGGGUUCGGUGGUGAUUGGACUGUUGUUGUUGUACCUUCGGGUUGUGUGUUGUGAGGAGUAACAUUAACAUUAACAUGUCGCAUCGUUUCUUCUUCUUCUUCUCUUGAAUCGAGGAAACAAAAGUGUGUGUUGUGAGUGAGAGGUGAGAGCAUUCUUGAAGAUAGAUGGAUCGUGAUUCAUCAUCAUCAUCAUCAUCAUCAUCAUCAUCAUCAUCCUCCUAAUAAUGCUCACUCUCCAUUUUCUCUCUUUCUUCAAACACCACUUCUUCUUCUUCUUUCUCUCUCUAACAACAUCCAUGGAACUUGCUUCAUCUCUGUGGUAACCGUUGAAGUUAGACUCUUUCUUUGACUACCUCACUCUCACUCUCUCUCUCUCUUAGCUGGGUUUGCUUUUUUUUGUUUCUUCACAGAAAUCAGGCUGUUCUUGGCUAGGCUUGUAACUUUGCCAACAUGAUAAAGCAAAUUCUUGGCAAAUUGCCAAAAAAGAUGACAAAAUCUGACUCCUCAGAUUCCGCGAGGAGCGAUUCUGGCAAUUCUACUAGUUUUGGGAAUGUAUUUCAGUGUACAAAUGUUGGAAGUACCAUCUCAAGCAAAUUAAAUGUUGUGAAGCGGGUGUCUUCGGUUGUUUUUCCGGCAAGCAUGAGUGCUGGAGUGGAAGCAGUUGAUCCUUCGCUAUCCUUCAAAGAUGUUUCGAACACGCAGAAGCAAAGCCUGUUUAUCAGUAAAUUGAAUCUUUGCUGCAAAGUCUAUGAUAUGAGUGAUCCUGAUAAGAACUGUACAGAGCAAGAUCUUAAACGUCAAACGUUGCUAGAGCUUGUUGAUUUUGUAUCUUCUGGAUCUGUGAAGUUCACCGAACCAGCGAUUGCCGCAGUGUGUAAAAUGUGUGCAACCAAUUUGUUUAGGGUUUUCCCACCUAAGUUUCGUACAAGUUCUACUGGUGGAGAAACAGAAGAUGAUGAACCUAUGUUUGAUCCCGCCUGGUCUCACCUCCAAGUCGUUUAUGAUCUACUCCUCCAAUUCAUCAACUAUAACUCUCUUGAUGUGAAGUUGGCAAAGGCGCAUUUAGAUCAUGCUUUUAUUUUAAGAUUACUUGACCUUUUUGAUUCUGAGGACCCUAGAGAAAGAGAUUGCUUGAAAACAAUUCUGCAUAGAAUCUAUGGGAAGUUCAUGGUUCACAGGCCUUUCAUGCGGAAAUCUGUUAGCAACAUCAUCUACCGGUUUGUUUUCGAGACUCAGCGGCAUAACGGAAUUGCUGAGUUGUUGGAGAUUUUUGGGAGUGUUAUUAGUGGGUUUGCCUUGCCAUUGAAGGAAGAGCACAAAAUAUUUUUGUGGAAGGCUUUAAUUCCUCUACACAAACCUAAAUCUGUUGGUGUUUAUCAUCAGCAGUUAACAUAUUGUGUUGUACAGUUCAUAGAUAAGGAUCAAAGACUGGUUAGCUCUGUGAUAAAUGGACUAUUAAAGUACUGGCCGGUGACAAAUAGCCAAAAAGAGCUCAUGUUCAUAAGUGAGUUGGAAGAGAUUUUGGAAAUGACUAGUAUGCCUGAAUUCCAGAAGAUUAUGAUCCCACUGUUUCGCCGAAUGGGUUACUGCCUUAGUAGUUCUCAUUACCAGGUGGCGGAACGAGCGCAUUUGCUAUGGAACAAUGAGCACAUCCUGAAUCUGAUCACACAGAACCGGCAGGUGAUUCUACCUCUUGUGUUCUCAGCACUAGUACAUAACUCCCAGAGUCACUGGAACCAAGCAGUGCUCAACCUGACUCAGAACAUCAAGAAAAUGCUCUCUCAGAUGGAUGAGGAUUUGGUCCUUGCCUGCCAACGCAAGACCGAGGAGGAAGAUUCAAAGUCAGGUGCUGCCGCCGAGAGGCGAAGAUUGACAUGGGAACGCCUAGAAGCUGCCGCCGCUGCUGCCGCUGCCAGUGUCCAAUCUCUAGGUGGUGGUGAGAUUUUAGUUCCAGUGAAGUCUGCUACAUGCUCUGUGGCCUGCUAAUUACUUGUGAGAAAUGGUGUAAGGUUCUAAUUACAUAGUGGUGUGUUUCAUGAGUUUUAUUAGGCAUGUUAAGAUGGCAUGGCCAAUAGGGUAUGUAACUAUGUAUAUCAUCUAGUAGUAUACCUUCAAAUUGUGUUUGAGGGAGGGGGUGUUGUUUAUUUAGGUUCUUUCUGAGUAGGUUAUAUUUUUUGCCUUGGAGGAACAAGAGGGUGGGUGAGUUUGUGUGUCGGUGGCUUAUUCGUGCAUGCAAUUAUAUGCAGUGUCAGCAGCACCCUUAAGUAACCUUGACGCUCUUUAUUCAGUUUUUUCUUCUUCUGGUCCACACCUUCCCCUGCCUAACUGCAACAGUCUGUACCUGAAUGCAGUGUCAUUGCUAGCUUGUACCGCUCACUGAUAUGCAUGUGGAAAAUGUUUAAGCAUCUAUGUUCACCCUUAAUGCCAAGUAAAAAAUAACGUGUAUUUUCA